AUGAGCGAGUUCGAUACGGACCCUACUUCCCUUUAUAGCGUGAAAGGUAUUGUUAUUUUGGAUCAAGAUGGCAACAGAGUAAUUGCAAAGUACUUUGACAAAACGACGUUCGGAACCACAAAAGAACAAAAAGCAUUCGAGAAAAGUCUAUUCCAGAAAACAUCCAGAAACUCAUCAUCCCUCAUUGAUGCUAUGGACACGUGCAUUCUGAUCAUUGACGAGAUUUGUGAUGAAGGAAUAAUUCUGGAGACAGACCCUCAAUCAGUGGUUUCUCGCUGUGCUCUGAAAGCUGAUGAAAUCUCAUUUUCUGAUCAAACAUUUUCGCAAGUAGGAAUGUCGUUAAUGAGCUCAGCCAAAGAGCAAUUCAAAUGGUCAUUGCUGAAGUAG